AGGAAGAUGAUGUUCUGAGCUUCCCGACGUUCUGGGUUCUGGCAGAAGGCACUGUUACUUCGUGUUGUUCUGACAGCGGAAUCCGUGGAGUCCAGGAAAGAGAUCCUCCAGCAUUCUGAUAGCAGCUAAAACCACUGAGCCAGUAUGACAACUGCGCUACAAAAAGGCAUCGACACCAUCGCAAAGGCUACCGAAGAAGAUCGGAAUCAAAACUACCGCGAAGCCCUGCGACUGUAUGAACAUGGCAUCGAUUACUUCAUCCAUGCCAUGCGAUACGAAACGUCCUCAGAACGAGCCAAAGAUUCAAUCCGGUCGAAGUGCGAAGAAUACCUCGGCCGAGCUGAAAAACUCAAGAAACAUCUGAAUCAGCCCAAGGAACCCGAGAAGAAAAAGGAGGUCAAAGAAGAUGCAGGCAGCGAUGAUGAUUCAGAAGAAGAUCCUGAGAAAAAGAAAUUGAUGCAACAGCUCGAGGGAACUGUCCAAGUCGAUAAGCCGAACAUCAAAUGGGAGGAUGUUGCUGGACUGGACGCGGCCAAGGAAUCCCUGAAAGAGGCGGUCAUUCUCCCAAUCAAGUUCCCGUUCCUAUUCGAAGGGAAACGGAAACCCUGGAAGGGAAUUCUGCUGUUUGGCCCUCCGGGGACUGGAAAAUCCUACCUGGCAAAAGCUGUGGCGACUGAAGCAGAAAACUCCACCUUCAUCUCCGUCUCCAGCUCAAAUCUCGUCAGCAAAUGGCUUGGUGAAUCUGAGAAGUUGGUGCGGGGUCUCUUCGAAUUGGCUAGGGCGCGGAAACCCGCUAUAAUAUUCAUCGAUGAAAUCGACUCUCUCUGCUCAACGCGGUCCGACAACGAGAACGACGCAACUCGACGAAUCAAGACUGAGUUCCUUGUGCAAAUGCAAGGGGUGAGCAACGACAACGAGGGAGUUCUGGUUUUGGGAGCCACGAAUAUUCCGUGGAUGCUGGAUUCUGCGAUUCGACGACGUUUUGAAAAAAGAAUAUACAUCCCGCUCCCGGAAGCUCCUGCGAGGACAGCAAUGUUCAAAUUGCACGUUGGCAAGACUCCGAAUACUUUGACAGAAGAGGAUUUCCGAACUUUGGGAAAAGAAGCUGAAGGCCUCUCCGGGGCUGAUAUAUCAAUCGUGGUGAGAGACGCUCUGAUGCAACCCGUGCGAAAAGUUCAGACUGCAACACACUUCAAAAUAGUGUCGGGACCAAGUCGAUCGAAUCCGGACGUUAUAAUCCACGACCUGCUGACUCCAUGCAGUCCUGGAGACCCGGAUGCGAUCGAGAAGAACUGGAUGGACGUGCCCAGUGACAAGUUGUGCGAGCCUGUGAUGACGAUGCAAGACAUGAAAUUAAGUCUCGCACAGACAAAACCCACCGUGAAUGAAAAAGAUCUUGAGAAGCUGAAAUUAUUCAUGGACGACUUCGGACAGGAAGGCUGAGCGACGCUGAUUGGGGAGCUCUGUGUCUCAGGUCGUCGACGAGAGUUUCGAGAGCAACAUUGUACGCACUAGCCGCACAUCUGGACCGACCAUUGAGUUGUCGUCAGAAUCGCGCAUAGAGUUGUGGAGUCCAUAGGGAGGCCCGAUGUAGCAUCUUCGCUGAGAGCUGUUUCCCGAUUGACUGUGCGUCGAGAAACUGGCACGUGAUUGUAAAUUUUGAAAUGUGAGGUCGGCGAGGGGGGCAAGCUAUUGUUGCAAAGAUUCAUUGCAUAUACAAAUUUGGAAAACUGAUCCAGUUCGAAUAAGAGAGCAGAGAGUUUUUCCGGUGCGGGGUGCACGGAACUUUUAACCAGGGACUCUACUAGCAAAAGAUGAAAGGACUCCAUAUCUGAGAAAGGAAAUGGGGAACUGCUUGGGAGAGCGUCGACGAACCCUCGGAAAUUCGUCAUCGUCCUCCCGUAUAAAUUGAUGUUUUUCA